AUGUCAGCCAAGUCCAAGGGGACCCCCUCCUCGUCCUCUCCAGCCGAGGGACCGCCGGCAGCCUCCAAAACCAAGGUGAAGGAACAGAUCAAGAUCAUCGUGGAGGAUCUAGAAUUAGUCCUGGGCGACCUGAAGGACGUGGCCAAGGAACUUGAGGUGGUUGACCAGAUUGAUACCCCGACCUCCGACCUGCAGCUGGAGGAUGAGAUGACCGAGAGCUCCGAAACAGACACCCUGAAUAGUAGCUCCAGCGGCACAACGGCCUCCAGCACCGAGAAGAUCAAAGUGCAGGCCCACGCAUCCCUCAUCAAGCCCCCAGUACACCCGUUUGCUAUCCUCACCGUCCUGAGAAAGCCAAACCCUCCGCCGCCUCCCCCGCGGGUGACCCCUGUGAAGUGUGAAGACCCCCGGAGAGGGGCGCCGACGGUCAAUCCCGUGAAGACGAAUGGCAUCCUCCUGCGAAAUGGAGGCUUCCCCGGGGCACCCAACAAAAUUCCAAAUGGAGACGUCUGCGGCAUACCCGCUGGUACCUUGGACAAGGCUCCCGGGCGGCCUCUGAAGCACAGACCUGAAAAAGACAGGUGCCCCCAGGCAGGGCCUCGGGAACGAGUUCGGUUUAAUGAAAAAGUGCAGUACCAUGGCUACUGUCCCGACUGUGACACCCGGUAUAACAUAAAUAACAGGGAGGUCCAGUUACACAGUGAACCUGUCCACCCACCGGAAAAGCUUCCUCAGGUAGACCCCCCCUCCACUCCCCCUCCUUUUCCACUGGAAAACGGGGGGGGGGGGGGGCGCGCUAAGAAUCAGAGUUUCCCCCCUCUCAGACCUGCAACUGUGCCUCCUCCCACUGCACCAAAACCACAGAAGACAAUCUUGAGGAAAUCAACCACAACAGUGCGAUCUUCGAUAGAUACUAAUCUUUCCACUUUGCAGAUGAGAAGACUGUGA